GCAAAUAUCAGCAUAGUGUGUGAAAUGCGGCGCUGAAUGUCCUUCUACAGCACUUUGCAUGCCCAAUGUGCAUUAGUAGCUUUUGGAUGUAGGUAUUCUCCGAACUAUUGUGUUAGGUAUCUUUCUUAUCCAUAAAAGGGUUAGCAAUCUCUUGAAUAUACAGUUUUUAGUAGUCCAUCAGAGACCGUUGACUGAGUGAUCUGACAACCAGGCCGGAUUGAAGCCAGCAGUAUCUGUCAGUGCUCGAAUCAAAGUUCCUAGCUGGCUAACUAGCAUGUCCGGCUAGUGGGGUUGGUCAUCAAUCAGGAUAGGUUUGUAAUAUUCCAUUAGCAGCCAAAACCGAAGAGACCUUAUUGAUGUUACAAAGGUUAUCGUCAAAUAUGAUAACCCUUGAAAGUUGUUGUGAACCUGCAGAUAGAUAGCUGUGAGGGCUUGUCAGCUAGCAUGAUGCUAAUGCUACUUUGACAGCCAGGCUGUGAGGGUCUCUCUCUUUGAGUUAAUGUUUGGUCAAAGUAAAAAAUAAAAACGUUAAACAUGUUUAUUAACUUCUAGAGGAAGCUUGUCUACUCUCAUAUUUAGUUGGUCGUGCUUCUUUGAUGUUAUGCUGGCUAGUAACUAACGUUAGCUAGCUAGUUAAGAGUGUAAGUAACGUUACAGCUGUCAUGUGGUGGCCUGUGUAGCGUCUACUUCACUCUGUUCUCGAUGCUGUGGGUGUGUUACAUUAUAUAGCCUGAGACGAUGUUAUCUGACUAAGUUUAAGAUCACAGUUAAUUUCAGUUCAUUACAUAUUUGUGAAGUAGUCAGAUUUUGCUAUCACUGAUCGAUAUCACUUCAUUGUGGUCCUCUGUAGCUCAAUUGGUAGAGCAUGGCGCUUGUAACGCCAGGGUAGUGGGUUCGAUCCCCGGGACCACCCAUAUGUAAAAAUAUAUGCACACAUGACUGUAAGUCGCUUUGGAUAAAAGCGUCUGCUAAAUGGCAUAUUAAAUUAUUAUUGCAGCAUGAUGACAACAAUUCACAUUCCCCCUAGGUUUACACGGGUCGAGAAACAUGGUGCCUUUGGAUAAGUGAAGAAGAGAGACAGGGCACCAAAACCAGUGUGGACAGGACUCUGGGAACACUGGUUGCAGCUACAGUCUGAAGCUGGACCAACGGGACCCACCCAGACUCAGAAGUGGCUGACUACAGCCCAAUCACAACCAGGACCAGGCACUGUGCUGGCUGUCUGGUCUCCGAGCAGAACAGAACAGAGAAGGAAGCCCCUUAGGAGGUGGAUGUUAAGGGGUUGUUGGAGGCUCUGUGGGCAUUCUACUGAAAUGUCAAUCAGAAGAGCAGAAGGGAUGUCUAUUGCCCAGGCCUUGGCCAUGACUGUGGCUGAGAUCCCUGUGUUUCUCUACUCCACCUUUGGGCAGGUAAACAACGUCCCCAAGAAGACACAUUUUCAAGUAAACUAUUGAAUAUGUUUGUAAGAAUCUGCUCCAAAAACAUUGCAAAGAACGAUGUUGCCAAAAAAAAGCAUAUGUUUGUUCAUUAUUAGCAAGUAACUGUUAUUUGCACCCCCCAAUAUUUGACACACAGAAGAUACACACUCAAGUGGUUUGAGCUUGUGGUGACCACUCACCCCAUCUCUUUUCCCAUCAGUCCAUAUUCUCUCAGCUGAAGCUUUCUCCCAGUCUGAAGAAGGUGCUGUUCGCCACGGCUCUGGGGAGCGUAGCCCUGGCCCUCACCGCCCACCACAUGAAGAGACGCGGCAGGAAACGGAAACAGGCAACGGCUGCGAAAGAUGAGCAGAAGCAGGUGGGAAUACCAGAGGCGUUGCUCCGGUCAGGGAGACCAUCAUCUCUGAGGAGAGGUGAGUUUCACUUCAAUGUGAUUGCUGGUGGUUUCAAUCAGGCUGUGGAAUUGGCUCAUGAUUUGUUGAUGUGUUUGUUGAUUGGCUGAUUGACCUCAAGGAAGUAAAAGGGAUUAAGUCAAGUAAGUUGGCUCAUUGACACACUGGUGUUUCCAUAAGGCUGUGUGGACACUGUAUGUGAAAGCUGUUUCAGCAUGAUCACGAUUAGAACACCAGUUUUAAUGUGAUCCAAAUGCCUUGUUGAUAGAAGUGUUAGCUAACAGCCGCAUUUCCGUCCCAGGUGGUCCGUUUCCCGGGCGACAGAUAAUGAGCCCCAGCGUGCGGAGCAACGAAACAAUGAGCGGCAUCUCUUCACUGGCUCCCAGCAAACACUCAAGCUCCUCCCACAGCAUAGCUUCUGUACGUUUGACACUCCUUACUUUCUUUCUAUCACUCAAAUAAAACACAUUUUUCAUAUACGCCGAAUAUAACUGGUGUAGACUUUACCAUGAAAUGCUUUCUUACGAGCCCUUCCCAAUGAUGCAGAAAAAAAAAUAGUAACACAAGGAAUCAAAUAUACAGUGGAGCUAUAUACAGGGAGUACCAGUACCAGAUCAAUGUGGAGCUAUAUACAGGGAGUACCAGUACCAGAUCAAUGUGGAGCUAUAUACAGGGAGUACCAGUACCAGGUCAAUGUGGAGCUAUAUACAGGGAGUACCAGUACCAGAUCAAUGUGGAGCUAUAUACAGGGAGUACCAGUACCAGGUCAAUGUGGAGCUAUAUACAGGGAGUACCAGUACCAGAUCAAUGUGGAGCUAUAAACAGGGAGUACCAGUACCAGAUCAAUGUGGAGCUAUAUACAGGGAGUACCAGUACCAGAUCAAUGUGGAGCUAUAAACAGGGAGUACCUGUAUCAAUGUGCAGGGAUAUGAGGUAUUUGAGGUAGAUAUGUACAUGAAGGCAGGGCAAUGUGACUAGGCAUUAGAAUAGAAAACAAUAAGAGUAAAAUAAAGAACAGAGUAGCCUCAGCAAAUUGUGUAAAAGUGUGUUUGUGUUAUGUCGGUGUGCGAAUGUAAAUGUGUGUGUACGCGUAGGGUCAGUGCAGAUAGUCAAUUAAAUGGUUACCCGGGCUAUCUAGCAUUCUUAUGGCUAUUAAGCAGUCUUAUGGCUUGGGGGUGGAAGCUGUCUCGUAGCCUGUUGGUCCUAGAGCCGAUGAUCCGGUACCGUUUGCCAGAUGAUAGUGGAGUGAACAGUCUAUGGCUUGGGUGGCUGGAGUCUUUGGCAAUUUUUCAGGCCUUUUUCUGACACCGCCUGAUAUUAGAGGUCCUAGAUGGCAGGGAGCUGAGCCCCAGUGACGUACUGGGCUGUCCGUACCACCCUCUGUAGCGUUUUGCGGUCAAGGGCGGUGCAUUUGCCAUACCAAGCGGGGAUGCAGACAGUCAAGAUGCUCUCGAUGGUGCAGCUGUAUAACUUUUUGAGGAUUCGAGGGCCUAUACCAAAGGGGAAAGAGGCGCUGCCGUGUCCCUUUCACGACUGUGCGGGUGUGUGUGGACCAUGUUAAGUCCUUAGUGAUGUGGACACCAAAGAACUUGAAGCUCUCAACCCACUCCACUACAGCCCCGUCGAUGUGGAUGGGGACGUGCUCUCCCCCCUGUUUCCUGUAGUCCACAAUCAGCUCCUUGGUCUUACUGACGUUGAGGGAGAGGUUGUUGUCCUGGCACCACACUGAUAAGUCUCUGACCUCCUCCCUGUAGGCUGUCUUAUCGCUGUCAGUGAUCAGGCCUACCACUGUCGUGUCGUCAGCAAACUUGAUGAUGGUGUUGGAGUCGUGCGUGGCCAUGCAGUCGUGGGUGAACAGGGAGUACAGGAGGGGACUAUGCACACACCCCUGAGGGGCCUCUGUGUUGAGGAUCCACAUGGCGGAGGUGUUGUUGCCUACCCUCACCACCUGGAGUCGGCCCAUCAGGAAGUCCAGGAUCCAGUUGCAGAGGGAGGUGUUCAGUCCCAGGGUCCAUAGCUUGGUGAUGAGCUUGGAGGGAACUACGGUGUUGAACGCUGAGCUGUAGUCUAUGAAGAGCAUUCUCACAUAGUUCUCACUCAUUCUGAUUUCACUCCUCUUUCUCAGUGUAUCCUUUACCUCACUUAACUCUUUUUAGAUCCUCGUGGUCCAUGGUCCCUCAAGAAUUCAAUUUGUAAUUGGCUUUUUGUUGUGUCACAGAUGCGAGUCCCGACUUCUCCGAACCAGUCGGCCAAUCCGUCGACUCCCUGGGAGGCAGAGCCUGUGGAGGAGGAGUCGGGAGCCAUGGGGGACGCAAACGCAGAGAACCUGUACAUCAUUGGUAAUAAUACCCCUUCAUGAAUUCCCUCAAAGAUUCAGCGAAGGGGACUGUCCAUAACAAACUGAGACAGUGUUUGAUGUGCUUUUACAUUUUGAGUGAUUUAGCAGCCACUCUUAUCCAGAGUGACUUACAGGAGAAAAUAGGGUUAAGUGCUUUGCUCAAGGGCACAUCGACAGAUUUUUCACCUUGUCUGCUCUGGGAUUCGAACCAGCAACUAUUCAGUUACUGGCCCAACGCUCUAAACGCUAGGCUACCCGCCCGGAAAUGGGGAAAAGUAUUUCCCAAAGUGGAAUUGGUCAUUAGUUGACAUUCAGAAGAACUGUUUGGCUCAAUGCAAGGGGCUAUGAGGACCCUUGGGUAGAGGAAGAAUAGGAGCGGGACAUUGAUAUAGAGGGUUACAUCUGACUAUGUUGUAUUUCCUUCACUGUUAGUCUUUCCAUUAAUACCUGGACAAAGACAUCUCUGUAAUUCAUCUAGACUCAGUUAUCUUUCCUUGAAAACCAAAUGUCUGGGAGGCCUCCCAGUCCUUAGAUGUCAUUAUCAAACAACCUGGCAGGAUAGCAUCACUCAUCCUGGCAUUUUACAAUGCAUCAAAAUACUAAGUACUGCAAUUAAGCUGUGGUUGUGUUCCAAUCUCCCUACUGUUUUUUCCCCAAUGUACAAUCGCUCUCUCCCUCUACUGCAUUUAAAGAAACAAUGGAUUGAUUUAAGCAUGGGUUUUACAUCCACCAAGUGCACUGCACACUGGUGGAAAGGGUAAGGAAUAGGAACAGACCCUAAAGUAACCCCCCCCCAGGAAUACCAUUCUUCCUGAUUAAUUCGUAAUUCCUGCUUUUCUGGCAUUUAUCAUUCAUAUCAUUGAACCUACCUAUCCCUUAGCCAAAAUCCAGAUUUUCUAUGUUGUUCUAAUCACAUCUCUCCCCUCCCCCAGGCAUGGAGCUGUUUGAAGAGGCCCUUCAGAAGUGGGAGCAGGCCCUGAACAUUCGGCACCACACCCACUCCAAUGCCUCCAACGCCAGUACCAGCCUGGCCCUGGAGGGGGCAGCGGCCUGCCCCGACCUGCCCACGGUACGCCACAGAACUAUAUCACUCUCAACGGUACGGUACACUUUUAUUUAUUUGAUUUAUCCUUUAUUUAACAAGGUGAGUCCCAUUGAGAUAUGCAUCUCGUUCUCAACGGAGCCCUGGUCAAGAGGAAACAGCACUCUCACAAAUCCACCAAAGAUUACAUUAAAACUGGAGGCCAGUGUCACUUAAAAUCGGAGGGCAGGCUCAUUGUAAUGGCUGGAGUGGAAUUGAAUGAGCCCAUCAUCCGAUUUCUUCCUCCACCAGCCUCCAUUUCCUUAAAGAUUCAGAGAAAGGAUGGGCAACUCCGGCCCUGGAGGGCCACUGUGAUUUGAAUUAAUCAACUAAUGUAGUGAUGUUUGUUUUCAUGGUUUCAGUCUGAGUCGCGUAACAAGGUCUUUGCCGAGAAGCUGGAGACCCUCCUGCACCGGGCCUACCACCUACAGGAGGACUUCGGUACCACCAUUCCCCCAGAUAGCCUGCUGGCAGACUUUGGUAAUUAAUAUGCCACAAUGUUUUUGUUAUUAGCCAUUAGCAUGCAGCUAGCGCAAAUCUGUUGAUUUCCUUUUGGAUGGUAACUGUAGCAUUUAGCUAUUAGCAUGCAACAUGAAUCUGUUGAUUUUCUGUUUACACAGUAGCUUUUAUCCAUAAUGGGUCAUUUGGCUUACAUAGUCCUUGUGUUGUGGCUCAGACUGUUUGCUUUGUUGUCCUGUCAGAGAGUGAGGAUACACUCAUCCUGCCAAACUUGGAGAGUAGAAUUCGCGAAGACGACGCCACUACGAUCACUUCGGACGACUCCUUCUUCUCAGCGGCAGAAGUUUGUUUCUCUUUCUUUCUCUAUCUCUCUUUCACUCACGCACGUAUGCUCUCUUUCUCUCUCCCUCACACAGUCUCUCUCUCUCUCAUAUGACUAUCAUAUAUCCUAUGUUUUGAACAUGUGUUGAAGAUUGUGCCUCUCCCUCUCUACUCUGCAGCUGUUUGACAACCUAUCUCUGGAGGUGUGUCAGCCUCUGAGGCCCGCUGCUCUUUACGAUGAGGCUGUGUCACUAGUCCAGGACGGCAGCGUGCCCUGUCGAGAGCUCCGGUAAGGACUAGCUAGGUACUGGACCUAGGUUCAAAUAAUAGUAGUAUUUUUGGAGCACUUGAUUGAGUGCCAGAUGGGAGAGUGUACUUUUGGGACUAUUCCAUAGAUUCCAUUGCGCCAGGGAAGAUCAAUCAAGCGCAGCUCUAAGUAUUUGGAAGAAAACAAAUACUAUUUGUGAAGUGUUACUCACAACCAUAUAUUUGUGACAUAAAACUAACUGAUAACUAUUCGCAUUUCUGAUUUCCAUCUUUUCCCCCUUGCCGUCCCUCAGAACUGAGCUGCUAGAAUGCUACGGUGACCAAGACUUCCUAGCCAAGCUCCACUGUGUGAGACAAGCCUUCCAGGUCUGAAAUCCUUACUGAAGAUGACUUAUUGGUAUAUGGACAAUGUCUCUAUGGAUUUGAUGUGACUAAGAUGGGUCAUCUUUGCUGAAGUUCACAGCAGUUGUUGUUUCGGCAGGUUCUGUUGCUGGACGAAACUCACCGGACGUUCUUCAUGGAGACCGGCAAGCAGAUGAUCACAGGACUCAUGACCAAGGCAAACAAGGUGACAACACUAACCCAUACAAUACAAUGUAACUUUGUCCAUUGAAAUGGAAAUGUAGUAUUUCUGCUGUAAGUUAUUUCAUUCCCAUCCUCCCGGACGGACAGUACACAGAGUGAGACUGCUCCUCACCAACACUCUUCUUCUCUCUGAACAUGAAUGUUACUUUAUAAUGAAAUCCUCUGAUUGGGUUUUUUGUUGAGUUGGUUGUGUUCCUCUUUCACCUGUAGAGUCCCAAAGCCUUUCUGGAAACCUAUGAGGACAUGCUUCUCUACACCCAGAGAGAGGAGACCUGGCCAGUCAGCAAGAUGGAACUGCAGGGGCGAGGGGUGAGACAUUAUUUUCCAAAAAAAUUUAUGUUUUCUCUCUUUUGUACCUUCAAGAUGCUGUAGGUAGAAUCAGUGUCUAUAAAUUGCUCUGGGUAGACUGACUUUAGUGCGUGACAACUCGUGAACUCUCACAUUUUCCAUGUGGUAUGAAGCUGGGCCAUAUUCAUUACAAACCAAACAGACUGAAACAGGUAGGGACUACCGUUUAGUUUUUUCUUCUACCAAUAACAAACGCUCGUUAUUCUAUGGUGUGCCCUAAUGAAUAUAUGUCCCAGGUGUGUUUAAAGCUCCUGACCUCGUAUGAUCUAUGACCUUUAUCAGGUGGUGGUUAUGAACUUCUUUGACAUCGUGCUGGACUUCAUCCUGAUGGAUGCCUUCGAUGACCUGGAGAGCCCGCCCUCGUCCGUUGUGGCCGUGCUCAGGAACCGUUGGCUCUCUGACAGCUUCAAAGAGACGGUGAGACAGACAGACACACACAAUCCUAUAGUCAACAUGAUCUAUUGAUACUAGCUCUGUUACAACUGCAAUACAAACACAACCAACAUUACACAGCAUAAUUAUAAUUACACAGGCAGACAUAGAAAACAGGCUCUAUUGCAUUCACUGCAACUAUACCAUUGGUUAAAAUGUAAUAAAGCAUACUUUGUGUGUGUUUCUCAGGCCCUGGCUACUGCGUGCUGGUCCGUUCUGAAGGCCAAGCGGCGUCUGUUGAUGGUUCCAGACGGCUUCAUCUCCCACUUCUACGCCAUAUCAGAACAGGUCAGCCCCGUCCUGGCCUUUGGCUUCCUGGGGCCGCGACAGCACCUCAGUGAGGUGUGCACCAUCUUCAAGGUGAGUUUUAAUCGUAACUUUUUUCCCCCUGACUUUUAGUCUCCAAUUUACUACUAGCGGUAUUUAGAGGUCACACAUCACUUCUAUGUUUUUAUUUGCUACUAAUUUACUCUUCAUUCACUUGUGAUUUUGUAAGGAAUUUUGUACUUGUGCUUUCUGUGUCUGUCUGCGUCCUUCCUUCCAUCUGUCUGUCCUUGUUACCUUACAUCACCAGUUUAAUCACACUGAUCUCUACGAUGCCUUCAUCUCUCAAGUAUCAUAAUCCCUGUAGACAGUCUACCGAUUUUCAGGAGUGAAAAUGAAUGUGGAAAACAAAGAUUGCUUUUUCUUAGAGGACAUUCCUCACAAUAUACUGAACUCUGUAUUUGCUUAUUUCUCCCUCUGUCUUUCUCUUCUCCCUCCCCAGCAACAAAUAGUGCAGUACCUGAAGGACAUGUUUGACCACGACAAGGUGCGCUUCACCUCGGCCCAGUCGUUAGCCGAGGACAUCCUGAGCCUGUCCCACCGCCGCAGUGACAUCCUGCUGGGCUACCUGGGCAUCGACAGCCUGCUGCAGCCCAACGGAGCUCUGCCCCAAGGAGACACAGAAGCCGGCCCCAGCCCCUCCAACCACCACUGAGACAUGGGUAGUGAUCAGUAGGGAUGUUAUGAAAGAGUGAAACGGGGAGGUAAUACAUUAAUUUGUCCAAUAAGAACAUCGAUUUUCAUUUUCAGUUAGAAAGUGGUUUGCUACUGUGUGGCGUAAUGAAUAUGACCCUGUGUCUGAUUUAGCUGGGCUGGAAGGGACUGGACUGGUUUUGUCAAAGCCGCACUUAACAGGCAAGAUUUAGGAGGGUUGUUAUUUUCAUGCUUGAACUGCAGCAUCACCUUGUCAGUCUGUGGUACUACACCCUAA